AUGGCGCCCUCAACAACCGUCCCCACUGUCUCCGACAUCGAGGUCCCGGAGACCCUCCUCAAAAAGCGCAAGCAGACCGAAAAGGCUCGUGAAGAGCGUCUGGCUAAAGCAGAUGCUGCCCGCAAAGCCGCCAAAGCCAAGCGAAAGGUUGUCUUCAAGCGUGCCGAGUCGUAUGUCAAGGAGUACCUGUCGAAGGAGAAGGAGGAGAUUCGUUUGAAGAGGGCUGCACGGUCAUCUGGUGACUUCUACGUGCCCGCUCAACCGAAGGUGUACUUCGUGGUCAGGAUCAGGGGUAUCAACGAAAUCGCCCCCAAACCGCGCAAAAUCUUGCAGCUCCUCCGUCUCCUCCAGAUCAACAACGGCGUUUUCGUUCGUGUCACCAAGGCCACCCAGCAGAUGCUUCGGUUGGUCGAGCCAUAUGUCACUUACGGCGAGCCUAACCUGAAGUCUGUCCGCGAGCUGAUCUACAAGCGUGGCUAUGGAAAGGUCAACAAGCAACGCAUUCCCCUUUCCAACAACGCUGUCAUCGAAGAGAGCCUUGGCAAGUACGACAUCCUUUCUGUCGAGGACCUCGUGCACGAGAUCUCCACCGCUGGCCCCAACUUCAAGCAGGCCUCCAACUUCCUCUGGCCCUUCAAGCUCUCCAACCCCACUGGCGGCUGGAGGACCCGGAAGUUCCAACACUACGUUCAAGGCGGUGACUUCGGUAACCGUGAGGACAACAUCAACAAGCUCAUCAGGCAGAUGAACUAAGCGUAAACUCGCGUUGCGCUGUCGAUGUCUCUGGGGAUGGGUGGGGAUACGUCGGGAAGAGGGUUUGCUGGCAGGGUGUUGUUUUCCAUGGCAUGUUAUUGUUCUCCUAUACUGUUUUGUUCUUUUCCUCUACGCUUGUAUGCCC